AUGAUGGAUAGAGGUAGCAUGGCAGCGAGGAAGAGCACUUUAUAUCUUCUUUACAUUCACAUGGAAGCCAUCGGCACUCGGGACUCCAUGGUAUACCGUGGUAUAAUAGGCGUGAAGGGUGAAGCUUCCGCGCGAUGCCUAGCAGACAGCCCUAGGCUCCAUUCCGCCCCUGUAACCAAAAACCGCUGCGGGUGGAGUGAAGCAUUUGACAUAAUAGAUAGGAUAGAAGAGAAAAUGCGCAGUGGAAUCGAGGACUGGUGGGUGUCACCCCUGCUCAGAGCGAAGUGAAAGUCAGUGGUGGUCGUCCUGACUGUAGAGAUUUGGAGACCGAAGGGGGGGG